UAUCAAUUAAUAAUUCUGAUGACGAAAACGACGAUGAUUGGAGUGAUAAUGAGAAUGAAAGUUCCACUUCUCAAAACACUACUUCUCAAAAUGCUAUUGAAAAGAAAGAUAAUGCGGCAGAUUUAAAAACUGCGAUAGAUAAUUCCGAUAACGAUAGUUAUGCUAAUGAAGUGAUUGACUUUUUGAAUGAUGAAUCGUCUGACGAUCGAAAUCGCGGCACCGGCCAAGGGGCAACUGGAAUAAUUCCAGCAGUAGCCCCACAACUUCUUACUCUUGACGAGGUUGAAGGUUGGAAUAAUGUCAAAAGUUCUUUAGACGGAUCAGGUUUUAAUGCUGACAAAAAACAGAUAAUCGCUCGUGUUAAUGAUUACCUUAAUAAUAUCUCUCCUGAACACCGGGAUUUAGUUAAACAAAAAGUAGAUGAAAAGGAAGAACGAAAAGCCGCAUCGGCUUUUGUUGGUGCUUACAACGAUAUGGAGGAUGAUGAUAUUCUGGACUACCGAAAAAGUGGAGGCAACCGCCGAGCAACAGGUACCGAAGGAGCCAUUGCUCGCAAUGGUGGCGUUAUUUGCGGUUCGUUGGAUGGUGGUAGAACUUUUCUGGCGGAUAUUGAUCCAACUGAAACGACCCGCACAGCGGCAGAGGAACAAGAACAACGACAAAGAAAUACCAUAGCACCAGAAUUACUUGACCUAGAAAAGGUUAAAAGUUAUGAUUAUAUUUUACAUUUUCGUAAAACUAAUGGAGAACACACUAUAACCCCUCAGCAAGCAGCCACGAUAGUAGGUAGAGAAUGGAGAACAAAUUGGCAAAGCCAAGAAAUCCGCAUCAACAACAACGGCACUAUCCAAGCCUCACUAAACAAU